UGUACUCUCAUUUGUGAGGUUAUAUGAUGGCUCUGCUCGCUGAGACAUCGAACGUCGUAAUCAUUACCAUGUUUCUGCUAGUGACAACGCGGACGUUGUCAUGUGAUGUAAAUAAUGGUACGUCCUCUCAUCGUGAACGACGUGCCUUGGUGUUCCCAACUGGAACGGUCUUGCAGCUUACCGUGGGGAUGUCAACGCCAGCGAGUAUCCCAAACAGGACCCUCGCCCUUUCCUUCGGAGUUCAAAUGGUCUUCUCUAUGCCGACUAACGCAACGUUGUGGCAUACGGCACCCGAGAUAAUGGGGAAACGAGAAAUCUCCAAAAAAGCAUUGCUGGGCGUUUACGUGCCGCUAGAAGCAUUCCUGGAAGACCAUGGUUUUGAUGGUCGAACAUGUCUCCUCAAAAGUAUAUGUGAAGCAGCUCAUUCGCCAUUCUACCAUGAGGAAAUGCACCUUCUCGAAGAAAUUAUGCACGCUGUUUUAACGCCUUCGAAAGAUGUCCCGCCUUCUGAGACACACUGUAGUGAUAACUCCUAUGUCAUGCAGUAUCUGCCCCUUGAGAAACAAUAUCUGGCUGCAGAAUGCCUGGGGAAGUCUGACGGUGAUUGUGGAGCUGCAUACCAGGACUGCCCUCUGUCUCCUCUGGAUUAUAUCUCGCAAAAAAUAUAUUUCGAAAUAUUUUAGGAAUAAAACGACUCUGGGGCUACCUCUAACAAUUAUAACACCAGUCUUAAAGCUCUGAAGUUAUUGUUAAUCUUAGAGCUAUAUUGUUUUUUAGUAUAUUUUCUAUUAUGCAUUGAUUGUGCGUUGGGUAGGGAUUAGGAGUUUAUGUCUGGUUUCAGAGUUAUGCAUUUUAUCAUGGAAAUUAUCAAGAAUCUAGAAUAGUUUAUGGUGCAUAUACAACAUUUUCUAUGUAGCCUAUGUAUUCGACUACAGAACACAGUUGCAAAAGAUUAAAUAUCACGAUCGU